AUGAAAAUUAUUACUUUUAUAGGAAAUUUUGCAAAACAAAAUGCUGAUAUUAUUUAUUCAUCUUUAUAUAUACAAUAUAUUGAUGUAAUAAAAAAUAAUGAUCAAUUUGGAAUUAGUUUACCUACAUUUAUUAAAAUUUGGAAAAAUUUUUUACCAUAUAUUCAAAAAUUAACUCCUCAUAGUGAUUUAUGUUUAAAAUAUAAAGAUAUGAGAUUUAAUGCUAAUUUUUGGUCAGUAGAAGAAAAAGAAAUCAAAGUAUUAGAAUGGCAUAAGCAUAUAAAAUGGGCAUAUAAAGAACGAGAAAAUUAUAA